AUACACUUGUCUUCAAAGUUAAAACCCAACGCCAUUUUGUUUGAACACCCUUUUCCCAGUCGUUAUGGGUUAUGCCCUCUAUUUUUCAUGGUUGCACCUUAAAUUAUUUCUAAUUUAUUUGCUUAUUAUGAUUUUUGGCUUCACCAUUAUCAAAGUCUUGGGAUAUCAUUUAGUUAAGAAGUUCAAAUUGCCCCCAGGUCCCAAACCAUGGCUUCUAGUUGGUAACCUUCCCGAAAUGCUUGUUAACAAGCCUGUAUUUCGGUGGAUACAUAAACUUAUGAAAGAAAUGAACACUGAAAUCGCUUGUAUCCGCCUAGGAAAUGUUAACAUAAUCCCAGUGACUUGUCCUACAAUUGCUUGUGAAUUUUUGAGAAAGCAUGAUGUUGAUUUUGCAUCUAGACCACUAACCAUGGCCACUGGUAUCAUCUCUAGUGGUUAUGUGACAAUAGCUAUUGUACCCUUUGGGGAACAAUGGAAGAAAAUGAGGAGAAUCUUUGUCAAUGACUUGUUCUCCCCACUUAGGCAUCAAUGGCUUCAAGACAAAAGAAAUGAAGAAGCCGAUAACAUUAUGUUUUAUGUUUACCACAAAUGCAAAAAUCCGAGUGAUGAUGCUCUUGUGAAUGUUAGAAAUGUUGCACAACAUUAUUGUUGUAAUGUAGCUAGGAAAUUGAUUUUUAAUACAAGGUACUUUGGAAAGGGUAGGGAGGAUGGAGGGCCUGGUUUAGAGGAAGAAGAACAUGUGAAUAUUAUUUUCGUGUUGCUUAAACAUGUUUAUGCCUUUUCAGUUUCUGAUUAUAUCCCUUGGUUAGGGAUGCUUGAUUUAGAUGGCCAUAAGAGAAAGGUAAAGAAUGGUUUGAAGAUGAUGAAGAAGUAUCAUGAUCCAAUCGUUGAAGAGAGAAUCAAACAAUGGAAAGAUGGCUCAAAGACCAUUGAAGAGGACUUGCUGGAUGUUCUGAUCUCAUUGAAAGAUGUCAAUAAUAAUCCAACAUUGACAUCAAAGGAAAUCAAGGCUCUAACAAUAGAACUCAUGCUUGGAGGAGCAGACAAUCCAUCAAAUGCAGUGGAAUGUGCACUUGCGGAAAUGGCAAAUCAUCCAGAAAUGCUUCAAAGAGCCACUGAAGAAGUGGAUAAUGUUGUUGGUAAGGAAAAACUGGUACAAGAGUCAGAUGUUCCUAAUCUGAAUUAUGUGAAGGCUUGUGUAAGAGAAGCUUUUCGCCUUCAUCCUGUUGUGCCUUUUAAUCCUCCCCAUGUCUCAGUCAAUGACACAAUGGUUGGCAAUUAUUUUAUCCCAAAGGGUAGCCAUGUACUAUUGAGCAGACAAGGGCUUGGCCGAAACCCAAAAGUGUGGUAUGAGCCUCAUGAGUUCAAGCCAGAACGCCACCUAAAGAAUGAUGAACCUUUGAUCGCUUUGUCAGAACCAGAUCUAAAGUUCAUUUCAUUCAGCACAGGAAGGCGCGGUUGUCCUGGAAUAAUGCUUGGCACCACAAUAACUGUAAUGUUGUUGGCUAGGUUGCUCCAUGGCUUCACUUGGACUGCACCUCCUAAUGUGUCAAUCAUCAAUCUUGCUGAGUCCAAAGCAGAUAUGUUUCUUGCUCAGCCACUAGUCGCAGUAGCAAGACCAAGAUUACCUGCAGAAUUAUACCACACCAAGUGAACAUUUAUUAGAGGUAACCUCAUGUAUAAAGCCAUGGAGCAACACUGAUG